CUCCAAUGCAUUUUUCAGUAGAUACCAGUACAAUAACCGCAAUACGAUUUCCUAAUCUUCGCGAAGUUCACGGCUAUAUAUUAUUAGCUUAUUCAUCUAUGCAUUCGUUUUCGUCAAUGUUUCCUCGUCUGUCAGUUAUUCAUGGAAAAGAUUUAUAUCAUGGUUAUUCAUUGAUUAUUAUGGAUAAUUUUUUAUUAGAAAGCUUGGGUUUAACAUCAUUAAUUAGCAUACGCCGAGGAAAAACCUGA